AUGUUGUUCACUCCCACCCUCCGCGACCCCUCCCUCUUCAUCACCAAGGGCUACAUCAACGGCGAAUGGCUGAGCAUAUCUAGCACCCAAGAGACCUUCGACGUAAUCAACCCAGCCAAUGGCACUGUAAUCGCCAAAAUCCCCGAGAUGGGGGCACGCGACGUCUCCUCCGCGUCACAAUCAGCCGAAAGCGCCUUCAACUCCUGGCGCGACAUAUCGCCCAAGCAGCGCGGAAAGAUCGUUCGGAAAUGGGCGGAUCUGAUGCUCGCCAACACCGGUGAUCUGGGGAUGAUCCUGACGCUGGAGAACGGGAAACCCUACGCGGAAGCCAAGGGCGAGAUCGCAUUCGCCGCUGGCUACCUCGAGUUCUACGCUGGUGAAGCCGAACGCCAGUACGGCGACAUCAUCCCCGCGGCUAACACGCGAAAUCGCCAGUUCGCUAUCAAGCAGCCCAUCGGCCCUGUGGCCUGCCUUGUGCCCUGGAACUUCCCUGCGGCUAUGAUCACGCGCAAGGCCGGGGCUGCCAUCGCCGCCGGGUGCACGGUGGUAUUGAAGCCGGCGGGGGAGACGCCCUUGACGGCGCUGGCGCUGGCGUAUCUGGGCGAGCAGGCGGGGAUUCCCAAGGGGGUGUUGAACGUGGUGACGAGUCUAAGACGAUUGCAGGAGGUUGGGCUGGCGCUGUGCGAGGAUCCCAUUCUGCGAAAAUUAAGCUGUCGAUGGAGCUGGGGGGGGAACUCGCCGUUUAUUAUUUUCGACGACUGCGACGUGGAUGCGGCCGUCGAGGCGUUGAUAGGGGCCAAAGUACGCAAUUCCGGACAGACAUGCGUGUGCGCGAAUCGCAUCUACGUGCAGCGCGGGAUCGGCGAGAAGGUGGCGCAAGCUCUCGUGGCAAAAUUCCAGGCGUUGAAAACGGGGGAUGGGUUUGGGGAGGGCGUUGUGGUUGGACCUCUGACAAUUGCAAGGGGAGUGACGAAGGCGCAGGCACAUGUGGAAGAUGCUCUCAGUAAAGGAGCGAAACUGUUGCAUGGCGGGAAACCCAUCGAGGGAUCAGGCAACUUCUUCGAACCGACAGUGUUGACGGACAUGACCGAGCAGAUGUUGUCGCACGACGAGGAGAUCUUUGCGCCGGUCGCGGCGCUGUAUCCAUUCGACACCGAAGCUGAAGUUAUUGCGCUGGCGAACAAGUCGGACGUGGGUUUGGGCAGUUAUAUUUGCACGCGGGACAGCGCUCGCAUAUGGCGAGUGGCCGAGAAACUGGACACGGGCAUGGUGGGCGUCAAUACAGGCGUCAUUGCUGGAGGCGAAUUGCCCUUUGGUGGAGUCAAGCACAGUGGGUUUGGUACUGAGGGGGGAAGAUGGGGGGUUGAGGAGUUUACCGUCACUAAGGCUAUUAUAGUGGCGGUGCCAGAUGCUUAG